CUCACACAUUGAGACUGUGUAGUGUAGAUUGUAGAGUAUCUGUCAACAAUAUAUUAAAUUUCAAAAAUGAGCGAUAACGACAAAGGCCGGGAGUCUUGCUCUGCAUCCAGGAGUGUGAGCCCACGGGGCUCUGGGAAGUCGGGGAGCCAGUCCCCAGCUCAGUCCCCUGCCCACUCAAAAGGAGGCUCCCACUGCUCCCGCUCCAAAUCUCGCUCUCGGUCAAGGUCAAAAUCUUGGUCACAUUCCCACCGCUCACGGAGACACUACAGCCGAUCCCGCUCCCGAUCACGGUCCUAUCAUCACCGAUCUCACAGUAGGUCCUACAGCGGAGAGCGUCGGCGCAGAAGCCACAGCCGUUCGCCCAUGUCCAAUCGUCGGAGGCACAUUGGCAACCGUGCUAAUCCAGAUCCGAAUUGCUGCCUGGGAGUCUUUGGCCUGAGCUUGUACACCACAGAGAGGGAUCUGAGGGACGUCUUCUCCAAAUACGGCCCCCUGGAGGAUGUCUGCAUUGUGUAUGACCAGCAGUCGAGGCGCUCCAGGGGCUUUGCUUUUGUGUAUUUCGAGAACACAGAUGAUGCCAAAGAGGCGAAGGAGCGAGCCAAUGGCAUGGAGCUGGACGGGCGUAGAAUCAGGGUGGACUUCUCCAUCACAAAAAGACCUCACACCCCAACACCUGGAAUUUACAUGGGCCGGCCCACAUACGGAGGAGGCGGUCCAAGCGGUCCCCGACGCUAUUCACGUGACUACGACCGUGGAUAUGACCGAGGUGGAUACGACCGCUAUGAUGACAGGGACUACUACAGAUCAUACAGAAGGCGAUCUCCUUCACCGUACUACAGAGGCGCUUACAGGUCUCGAUCAAGGUCACGGUCUUAUUCUCCCCGUCGAUAUUGAAGGCUUCUGUCCCCUAUCUUCCCAAACAUGUGCAGAAUUUAUUUAUUUAUUUAUUUAGGGGGGGGGGGGGUGUUUUGUUACAUUUUGUAAA